UAUUAGAAUUAUGUCUUCUUCACCUUCACUACAUGAAGCCCCGGUUGAAGAAGAAGAGCUCUAUUCUAGUUGGGCUUUAUUGAUCCAAACUGUUUUGUUAAUUCUUGCAUUAUGGACAAGUUACUAUUUACAAAUAAAACAAAUUCGUUCUAUCCAUGAGACGGUUUUAUCAAUAUUUGCUG